AGUGACGUUCCCGCUGUUGUUAUAGUAACGGCGGUGUGUACAUGUUUUAGUGUGAACGAUGACGGAGACUGAAGAGGGUUCCAACACUUUUCUCAUCAGACCGAAAUAUGAGCACAAGUUCAGAGUGCCUGUGGUGAAGGAUUGUAUUAAAGAGAUCUUAAGAGAGCAUUUAUCAGGAGUUCAGUAUAAUCCUGAGGAAAUACCAUCACUCACACAAACACUUACGGAAGCCAUUAAAGACCGCAUUAAAGAUCUGGAUUUAGACAGAUACAAACUGGUUGUACACGUGAUGAUCGGAGAGCAGAGAGGACAGGGAGUGACGAUGAUGUCUCGCUGUUUCUGGGAUUCAGACACUGAUGGCUGUGCUAAAGAAGUUUACAUGAAUGAAAGCAUGGUGUGCGUGGCUGCUGUAUUUGGAGUGUAUUAUUACUGAUAGAGGACCAGAAGCUCUGAUCAAAACACACACACCCCACACACACAUACACACACUCGUCUUUGCUUUUUUUGUGUGUAAGAUAUAAAUAGUUUUGAAAUGUA